AGCGGUGGCCUCGGCAUGAUUAGAACCCCGCCCUUCACUUCAAAGACGUGGGAGUGCCAGAGCUUGCGUUCUUCCGUUGGGAGCGUCUCGUAGAUGCGCGGGGCUAUCAUGUAUUCUAUGCCGAUCAGACGGGCGUUUUUUUCGGGGGAGUCGUAGAUUACGCAUUGGCGGACGUCCGGGAUCUGUCAGUCGAGAAUAAUAGGGAGGGAGGGGAGGAGGAUACACCUUCGGUGAUGUGGGAGCAG